AGAGAAAAGCACGACGGAUGAACAUUUUCCACUAAUUUUUUAUUAAACUCCCCUGGAACACAGAGGAACAUCUGACUUUAAAGCAACAUGAAUCAAAAUCCACAGGUCCCUGAUGCAGUCUUUUCUCUUCUGCCCCAAACAGAAUGUGCUUCCUUGUGUUCCGGUUGACAACUGAGGUCUGGGCUUUCCUUUUAAAAAGGCAACGAGAAAACAAUUGGGAGCACAGCCUCAAGUAGGUGUAAAGCUAACCUGCUGCUUUCUAAAGAUCAAGGUCAACAAUCGGACCGACUGAUAUUUCCCAGGUCAGCCAGCUAAUAAAUAGGAAAGAAGGGUUGGGGGUUCUUGCAGGAGAGCUGCCUGGGCUGAAAUGAAUUUGAAUCCAACGGCAAAACCGAUCCAGGUCUGUACAGUGGCCAGGUGAAAAAAAGGGAAGAGCUUCUGGCUCUGGAUUAGCUGCCUGGAAAAGGGAGCCUCCGUAGAUGCAAGUGCGGGAGAAGAGCGGAUGAAAGCUGCUUGCACCCUCGGAUCCGAACUCAGAGCCUCGCUGAGCUUUGCGGUUCCCUACGAGACAAGUUAAAAACUAGCUUUGUCGAACCCCAGUUGCCGGGAAAGAGCACUUGCAAGACUCAAUGCCUUCAAGUUUGCUCUGCAGAAAGUCAGCAUGGACUCCACGGUCCUGAGAAACAAGCAGGACGGACGGACUUUUUCCCUGUCAGCUGGGGAGCAAAUCUAGAGAGUUCCCCUGCUUUAUUAGAGUUUAUUUUUUCCCCAUCCUGCCUGCCUCCUUGACCCAACCAUGCUUGGCCACAUCUGGUCGGAGCCUGAAAAAAAACUCCUGCUUUUGGAGUUUGGAAUCAUUCUUUUUCUCUACUACAACUCCCAGAAUCCCCUGAAGGUGGGGUUUUCCUAGCUGUGGUGGGUCUCUCUCUCUCUCUUUCUUUUUUUUUAAAGGGCCAAGUUCUGCAGCUGCCAUGAAGGGUUAAAGAAUGGGAGCUGGGGAGGUGGAGCCCCCCAAGCAGAGGAGGAGCUGCCCUGAGGCUAUGCACUGGGGAAGAGGGGAAGGAUGAGCCAGGAAGAAGGAGCUUUAAAAGUCUGGGUCUAAAGGGAAGUAGCCGGCUGCCCUGCUUUGAGGAUGCCAAGCUAGCAACUCCAAGGAGGGGACCAGAAGACCCCACCAAAGCACGAGGAUGGAGUCAAGAGGAGGAAGGAAGAGUGCACGUUGAAGACCAGCAGAUGCAGGGGCCGGAGGGCUGAGCAUCUGUCGAGAAGGCGUGACUCCUUCGGUCAUCUGUGGGCGAUGCCGUGCCGGGAAGAGCCCCCGGCCCCGAGCUGACACGCGCGCACCCCUGUCUUCUGCCCUCCUGCCGUUUUUGCCAAAGACUCCGCUCCCCCACCGACCGUCCAACCGACCGUCUGGGGUUUUCCCAGAGGCACGCUGGCGACGCUCUCAGGGUGCCACCGCCGCGCCUGUCAGUGUGCCAGCCAGCGGCUUCAGAGACUGAGUUAAAAGGGGGGGCGUGGACGAGGACGCCGAUCUCUCCCCACCGCUGGCAGCCGGCGAGGCUCACCCGCCCACCCGCUGGACCACCCCCACCACCAGCAGCAAAUGAUGAAAAAAUAACCCCGGCUCGGGUGGGGGGGGUUGUGUCUGGGGAGCGUCUUGAGGAGCGGCAGCAAAACCAGCAUCCCACAGCAUGGUCCAGCAAAGGAACGUGAGGAACCGGGGGACGGAAGCCAAGAGGGAGGUGUGUCCCAGGGAUGCUCUGCUCUUGAAAGAUGCCAAAGGCGAGCCGGGCUGGUGCAAGACGCCCAGCGGGCACAUCAAGCGCCCCAUGAAUGCCUUCAUGGUGUGGUCUCAGAAUGAGCGGCGGAAGAUCAUGGACCAGUGGCCGGACAUGCACAACGCCGAGAUCUCCAAGCGCCUGGGCCGCCGCUGGCAGCUCUUGCAGGACUCCGAGAAGAUCCCCUUCGUCAAGGAGGCCGAGCGGUUGCGGCUGAAGCACAUGGCGGACUACCCGGACUACAAGUACCGUCCCAGGAAGAAGGGGAAGAUGGGGAGCGCCAAGUCCCGCCCGAGAGUCCCCGUGAAGAUCAAGCCUUCCCUCCUCGGCCGCGUGGCCUCCGGACGAAGGCAGCCGCCCAAGCCGGACGCCGGCUCCGGCGGCCAGGCGGGACGUUCCACCGAAUUGGGCGACGACCCCCUGGAAGCCCGGCUCUUGGAGGCCGCUUUCGACGACAGCCCCAAGACCCCCGGCAAGGAGUUCUGGCACGUGCUGCCGGCCACGGGCGAGAGAGGAGGCUGGGGGUCCCACGCGGAGGACCUGAAAGAGCACGAAGCGGCUGCCUUGAGCAAACCCUUCUUGGAACCCGCCAGGUCCUCCGAGCUGUCUUCUCCGGCGUCCACCAGGUCUCCCCCGUCUUCCUUCGCCUCUUCGGACGAAGAGUUGGAAGAGGAGCUUUUGAAUUUCCUGCCCAGCCGAGCCCAGCCGAACGUGCCCUGCGGAACUCCGGACUGGUCCCUUUUUGACAAGGACCUCGACCUCUUCCCCUUGGGGGGGACCCCUUCUCACUUCGAGUUCCCGGACUAUUGCACCCCGGAGGUGACUGAGAUGAUAGCCGGAGACUGGCUGAUGUCCAGUAUUUCGGACUUGGUGUUCACAUACUGAGUCCCAGCAGGUAACUUUCUCACUUCUCCGCAAUCAGGUUGUAUCAGAAAGAAAAUAGGGAAGAAGAAAAGAAAAAAGAAAGAAAAGAAAAGAAUGCCAGCUGUUUACAAUGCAGGAAUCAGGUAUAUCUCCAUUCUCUUGCCUUGGCUGCAUUCAGAGGCAAGCUUUUCAUCCACCCAUCCCCCAUCCGGCACACACCCACUUUGCCGGCAUCUGCCGCCUUGGCGUUGGCGGUGGGGCUGGGCGUCUCUUCACCUCUUGCCGCCCCCCCCCAACAUGCCACAGAGAGCUCCUGGCUUGACGCAGUGUUUAUUUACCCAUGAAAUUUGACUGUCUAAUCAGAUUUUUCAUUGUACCCCGCUCCAGCCGUCUACCCCCCCUCCCCUUUGAAUCCCCCUCCUCUUUGGUGCAGCUGCUUCCUCCCUGCGCUGCCAUCCGUGGCUGAGAGACGCUCUCAGCCUCCACCCCACAUUUCCCCCUUCCAGGGUCCCCCUUUAAGGCUCCCUCGCUCUCCUUCACCCCGUCCACUUCUGCCCCCUGGGCAGUGGCUUGACGCUCCGUUUGGCUUUGAUUCCGAUGCCAUUUCGAGGCUUGUCUGGAGAGUAGGCUGUCACUUAUGGAAGGGGUGGGUGGGUUCCCUUUUCCUUCUCCUUUCUGCCUUCUGUUCCAUUUGAAAUGGCUCCCAGGAAAGAGAAGAGGAAAAAAAAAACCCGCACAGCGCACCAGACGAUUCCCAUUUCACUGCAAUGCAUCCCGUUUUAUAGACAAGCAGAUAUCUCUGUGUCUCUCUCUCGCUCGCUCGGCUCGCCAGCUUCCCUGGCACCCAACGUGGGUAGGGCUUCCGGGUCUUCGUUUCACGAGACUUUGGCGUCGCCAAUGCACGGAAACUCAUUCCUGUGCCCGGGUGGGCAGCGUUCGCUUUGGGGUGGGUGAAGCGAAGUUGCGCACACGUGGUGCGCACAUGGAUCCCGGAGACACGCAGGCGCAUCCCUCGUGUAUAUGUGUGGCAGCUUUGCCACUCCCCAGGAUCACCGCCACCCUUUUUUGGCCGGAGGUGUGCCACCCAGCUGGAAGAAGGGGUCCUUUCCUUUUUGCAUGCUCUGUUCAAAGCUGAUGCCCACGCACCAUAUUGCUAACCUGCUCCCUGCCACUCCCUGAGCUGCCACCUCCUCCAGAUUUUCGAGAUGCCUACCACCGGAUCUCUGCCCUGAAGCCCACUUGGAAACACCUGAGCACUCCACCUGUCCCUCUCAGAAGGCGUGACUUUCACUGAAGGUCAAAUCCAGCUGCCUGGAUUGCUCCCGGGAGCAGGGUUGCAGAGUUGUCCGCCCGAGCGGUGGCGCCGAGGAUAGGAGAGGUCACGGCAGCUGGUUAAGUAGGGAGCAGCCUUGCCUGAUGGGUAGGGUCUCCUCCCGUCUACUCCGGCUGCUGGUUCUUCUCCACCUCCUCCGGCCAGCCACCUCGAGAGGAAUCUGGGGUUGCGCCAGUGGGCGCACCUCCCCAGAGCUGGUUGCCAGCUGUGGAUCGUAGAUUACAGGCUUGGCGCAACAACCCAGGAGCCCCGCUGGAGGAGGAGGAGGGAAAAACAGGUCCCAAAGCCCAGUGAGAAGCUGCAGCCAGGGUAAGAGUCCCCUGUCGGAAGCCUUCCCUUUUGGAAGCAACCAGGGGGU